GCAGGCCAGCACCAAAACCCUCAGAACCCUCGCAGAUUCGCACGCACCCGCCCGAGAGAGAGGUGAGAGAUGAGCACCGGCGGCGCGGACAAGUCCGGCAGCGGGGGAGGAGGCGGGGCAGUGAAGACGCCGUCGGACUUCCUCAAGUCGAUCAGGGGCCGCCCCGUCGUCGUCAAGCUCAACUCCGGCGUCGACUACAGAGGUAUUUUAGCUUGCUUGGAUGGCUACAUGAACAUUGCGAUGGAGCAAACUGAAGAGUACGUUAAUGGCCAACUGAAGAAUAAGUAUGGUGAUGCCUUCAUAAGGGGCAACAAUGUCCUAUACAUCAGCACCUCCAAGCGCACCCUCACUGAUGGUGCAUAAACCAAGUGGAGCACUUCCCUCUAUGUUCUGUAACUUACAAGUUGUUGAUUGGUUGUGGUGAUCUCUGACUCGAUGCUACCUUUUAAUCUUGUACCUGCUGUCUGGAGAGGAAUUUGGGAAAUGAGAAAAUGUACUGCAAUUUGAUAGACUUGUCAGAUUAUAUUUUGAUGUAACCGGCGUUUAGCUUCCAUAUAUUUGUGAUGAAGAUAUUUGGUUCUUAGGGAUA